UUUUCUUCCACGGAAUCUUUGCUGUGGACCUGCUUUGGACGCCGCAUUGCUCAUGAUGCAUUCCAUAUUGUCAUCAUUACUCUUCCCUACUCUUUGGCUCUUUGGUCACACCACUGGUCUGUACGUCUGUGAAGUUUGAGGUUAGAGAUCUGGAUUAGGUUUGCUUUCGUGUGGUGAAUGCAUGCUGUAUUUGAAGUUGCAUUAGAUUUUCUUCCCGAAUUACAAAGGUUCUUAAUAGAAAAUGUAUGGGAACGACGAUUAUGUUGACCAGGCUCCGUAUGAUAUGAAUGGCUAUAUGAGUCCAGCUGAUCACGAGGCCCUGGAAGGGCAUGACGAUGCAGGAUAUGAGCAGCCCAUGUACACUAACAUUCCAGAUGGCGUGAAAAAAUUUCUGGUAUAUUUAAGAGAUUGCAUCAAUGAGGGUGUUGUAUAUGAAAUAUCAAAUCUCUAUGAAACCACUUUUCCGAGACUUACAGAGCAGUAUUUUGAGAAUGUUCCAUGGCCUGAAGUGAGUGAAAUUAAAAACCUGGUGAAUUGUGAUCCAGUGUUUCUAAUACUUUAUAGAGAACUGUACUACCGUCACAUAUAUGCUCACAUACCGCAUGGUCCAACAUUAAUGCAAAGAUUUGAUUCCUAUGCAACCUAUUGUGAAUUGUUCAACUACAUUAUCAAUGCAAGUGAACCUGUUCCUUUGGAUCUGCCUGAUAUCUGGCUUUGGGAACUCAUCGAUGAAUUUGUGUACCAGUAUCAAUCAUUCUCACAGUACCGAGCGAAUCUCAUGAAGAGAACUCCUGAAGAACUGGAGCUCUUGAAUCAGAACAACCAAGUGUGGAAUGUGCUUUGUGUACUCAAUGUUCUGUGCUCACUUGUUGAGAAGUCCAAUAUUAAGAGGCAAUUGGAGGUUCAUGCUAGUGGUGGUGAUGCAGAAUCUGUAGCUGGUGAAUUUGGGCGCUACCCUUUGUACAAGAAGUUAGGCUACUUCAGUCUUGUAGGACUCCUCCGUCUGCACUCACUCUGUGGAGACUACUAUUUAGCCAUUAGAGUGCUAGACAACAUUGAACUUCAUCGAAAGAGUCAGUUUUCCUAUGUGCCUGCAUGUCAGAUCACUGUUUCUUACUAUGUAGGCUUUGCUUAUAUGAUGAUGCGUCGUUAUUCAGACGCCAUUCGUACUUUCACUUCCAUCCUGCUGUACAUUCAGCGCACCAAGCAGUUGUUCCAGACCCGAAGUUAUCAAAACGAUCAGAUCAACAAACAAACUGAUCGCAUGUACCAUCUAUUAGCCAUCUGUCUGGUGCUCCACCCACAAUAUGUAGAUGAAGCGAUUCAGCAAGUGCUGCGUGAAAAGAACUACCAUGAAAAGAUGUACAAAAUGCAAUGUGGAGACCUGGCUGAGUUUGAGGCGUGCUUUGCAUUUGCCUGCCCCAAAUUCCUUGCACCUGCUCCCCCAGUGGAUGCCCCUGUGGAGGACUAUGUGAAGGAGCCCAUUAACCACCAAAUCAGAGUUUUUAUGGAUGAAGUGAAGCAGCAAAAGAUGAUUCCGACUAUCAGGAGCUACCUCAAGCUGUACACUACUCUCCCUCUCGCAAAACUUGCCAUGUUCCUGAGCAGUGAGAGCCAUCGUCAUGGAGAGGCAGUGAAGAGCAGAGAUCUCAAUGAGGCCAUUGAGGGACUCAUCACCCAGCUCUUGUGUUUCAAGCACAAGAUGAAGAACAUAGUUUGGACUAAGGGAACUUCUGGUUUGGAUGGAAUUUUUCAGUCUGGGUCAGAACUGGACUUUUACAUGGACAAUGACAUGAUCCACAUUGCAGAUACCACAGUUUCCCAUAGAUAUGCUGAUUUUUUUAUCAGGAAGAUCCUGAAGUUCCAAGAAUUAAAUCGCAAGCUUCAUAUGAUCAAAUUUUGAGUUGGAGAAAGAAAAUUGUAUUAUAAAAUUGGAAAUGUGGUAUCCAUUUUUAAAAAAUAAAAUUGUAAGUUCUGACAAUAAGUCUUUUCUGUUUACCUCAUUUGUUUUUUUAUUGCAACAGGACAUGUUUAUAUAUUAGUGUCCAAAUGAUUUUGUAUGGAAGAUAUUAGAAUUGAAC